CGUGGAGCCGUCGAGAGGAUAACAGCCAUCGGGACGUUCGAGCCGUUGCGAUUUGUGAAAAGCACUUAUAGUCUUCUGUGUCUGUAUAGUUGGUUGAUAUAUAGGAUGUUCUGUUGCUAGUUACGUCGGGUUUUGUGAUUCAGCAUCCCUCUUUCCUGUGUGCGAUUCAAUCUACUACCAGAAAGAAUCGAAAGCAUAUGGAGAUAGAUCUUUGUAACGAGUGCAUAAUUUUCAGCAGAAAAGAUAAACCCAAAAAGGCAGCAUCCAAACUUGAACCAGUGUCGGAGGAAGAUGUUCGCUUUCAACGGAGCGCUGCGAAUGUGAAGGAGCCUUCCGGAUUAAUUUAGAUGAUACAAUCUCAGUGAAAUUAUAUAUUUAAUUGAAAAGCAGAUCAGCUCGUGUAUCAGUCAGUGUAGAGCGAUUCCGUGUGUAUGUGCUAUGCGCAACAGUCGGAAUUCACUUGGAAUGUGAUAACGGCCGACCUGUGAUUUUUUUUCCUUCGUGCUGGAUAAGAAGACGCAGCCGGUAGAAAUUCGUUUCUGGCGAAUAAGGAUUUCCUGAAUCCAUUCACAUCGACGAGAACAACAGCAACAACAGCCUGUUCUACAUAAUUAUACCACCUAGACGCCAAAAUGACACAAGUGAAGCUCAGCAUCUUCCUAAAUGUCGCCUUCCUGCUUCUCACCAAGUCAUUUGGUGAAAAUACCACAACGAGCAGCACAUCAACCGCCCAGAGUUCGAUAGAAACUACAAUUUCUACAACGGCACAUCAACAGAUACACACAACGACGCAUCGUCAGAUCCCAGCAGCGGUUCCACAGCUUCCGCAGCUGACGCCAACUCCCCAGUCCUAUCCUAGUAUUGUUUCCGAUAUUCAAACGUCACCCACGGAAUCUACUUCAGCAACGACUGUGACCAGCGGAUUUUCCGCUUCUACAAUGGCCACUCUACCACCCCCACUCUACAUAUCAAACUACUCCACAAUACCGCAGAUACCGACCUACCCCUCGUCACCCAUUUUAACGAAACAGGAAUCGACGCUGGACACAAUUUCGGUGGAUGUGGAAAUCGGGCCGGGUGGGCCGGAUCAGAAAGAAAGUCUCGGUAUCCAGAAGGCCAUCGAUUGGUUACGAGAGAAACGGCUUCCCGACUACAGCUGGGGCAACGACACCCACAUGGUCAUAUUGGCCAAGGAACUUUCCGGUGCGCGGGAUCCGACGGACAGCGAUAACCACAUUCAGGAAAUUUCCGAUCUGGAGAAUAUGUUGUCGAUAAAGCAGAUGGAAAUCGAGGUACUCACGAUGGUCGAUCGGCACCACGCGCUUCCCAAACCGGUGAAUACGGAUCGUAUCGCCAAAUACAUUCUAGCAAUGGGCGCUCUGUGCAAAGACGCCCGUCACUUUUACGGGCAUGACCUGGUGGCCACUCUGGAACACCAUGAACACGAUCAAGGCCAAGAGUAUGAAUUCGCUCUGACAGCUUUGGCAGUGUGCAGCUCGGCAACACAUGUUCGAAAGCGCCAAAUUCGUCGACUCCUGGACAUUGCCAGCGGAGAAGUUAAUAAUGUCGAUACCAUCGCUAUGGUCUUGCUGGCACUUCGGUGUAUUGUAACCGAUCAUCGACACCGCCAUUUGCAGCAUUUUGUGCGACGACCUGCACGGGGCUUGGCCAGCCUUCAGGGACCGCAAGGAAGUUUUGGAUCGCUGCGCAGCACAGCACUAGCAAUGCAGGCUCUUCAAGAUCUGGAACCAGACCCGGCAGGGAAGUGGAACCGCACUGCUGCCUCGGAAUGGUUGCUCUCAAAGCAGCGAAUCGAUGGAGGCUGGACCGAGGAACCUCUGCAAGAUGGUCAGGAUCCAACAAUCGGAGUUGGUCUGACAGCCGAUAUCAUCCUGGCGCUGGGAUGGAAGGGUCUGGGAGCAGUUAGAGCCCUUCAGUGUGAUUUAGUGGUUCGCGAAUCCAAUGAGAAUGGUUAUGAGAACGGAGAUCAGAAAAUAGCCGACCCGGUUAGAUUGGGUCCAACAGUUGAAGAGGAAGGUCCUCGGAAUGUGUCCUACACCUAUACACUCUGGGUUGGAACCAACGAAACGGAAGAAUACUCGUUGGAUUUAACUUCUCCUAAAAAUACAACAUUUUUCCGCGCCAUGAAACAAGCGUCGGAAAUUGAUCCGAGAUUCUCCUUCGAAGCCAGGGAGUGGCCAAAUGGACACUACGUGCACACACUGGCUGGCAUGAAGGAGGAACCGAAAAGCUACCACUACUGGCUGCUGUAUCGAUUGCCAGAGCGGCCGGAUACGAAGAAUCCUCCCGGAAAUCAAUUGAUCGCUCCACUGGGCGUUGACGAACUGCUCGUAGAGGACGGCGAACAUUAUCUGUACUGGUAUAAAAAACUAUAAAUCGCUUUCCUGCAACGCUCGUAGCGAUCGGAGGUCUGGCAGUAAGGAGAAUCUCUUCUUCACGAGUCCGUCUAUCUUGAAGCUAGUAGGUAGAGGAAAGAAAAAUGCAAGGCAGAAAGAUGCGGAUCCGGAAAAUUGUUGCCCUAAGAGAUGGGUGGCAAAGGAUAGAAAUAACAAAGGUAUUAGGGAACAUAAAGCUAAGCUAAGCAUGAGAGAUGAAACAAGAGAGUGAAUAAGUAAAAAAAGAAUAGCCAUCAUUAACAGAAAGUGUCUGGUAGAAAUUAAUUCUGGAACACCUGCUUCCAGUUAUACCCUUCUUAUACCUAACAAUAGGAUGGUGAAAAAAUUGGCUUUUCUUUUCAAAACACCCUUUGACUGGUGUUGAGCGUUAACAGUAAGAAAAUUUGCAGUAUCGAUUUACCAAUGACCAGAUAUGGAUAAUUUACGCUAUAUGAAUAAGUCUAGUAACACAACUCAGUUGUAAGAUACCUAAGCUUAAAUGAAAAAGUAAAAACUCAACCUUUGGAGGGACAUCGUUUUGUGUUUAGCCAGGGCGAGAUCAGAUUUCUGUAUGAUAAAUAACCUGAACUGAGUGCAUUGAAUUGUCGUUUAGAGCUUUCCAUUCUUUUGUUGUAGAGAAUGCAAUAAGUAGUUUGUAGGCAUUGUGACAUGUUAUUAUGUUUCGACGGCGAGUACCAGCGACUCCAGAUUUGCUCAAAGUAUAGUUUACAUAGGAAUAAAUCUACAAUAUAUAACCGAAAACACGUCAUGUGAUUAUUGUUUUGAUAAAUUUUAAGUAAUAAUUUUUUAUUAUAAUGCUAAUUCAGCUUACUAAUAUCUAUGCUGAUGAUUGAAAUAUUAUAAAAAACCGCAAUUUUUGGUUCCAGCCAAAUAAAAAGAUUAAAACCUAUACAUAAAUGAGGAAAGAUGAGCCGAGUUUCAAUGCAAGCUGUUGGAAAAAGUUUAUUUUAAUAUAUUCGAAAAAAAUAUUAAACCGCAACAGUUUUGCUUAACAACGGACAUCUUGGUUUUCAUUUUUAUUUUGUUGAUUUUUGCUCCGAGUUUGAUUCUUUUAUGUUUAAGUUUAAAAAAACUGAAAUAAAGCUCUAACAUAAUUCUGAUUUUAUUUAGUUUUGUAAAAGACUUUUCUCUAAGUUGGCAUGCAUUGAUAACUCGUUCGGAAAAGAACUGCUCGCCGAACUGAAAACCCGCCGUAGCAAACCAUAUAAAAUUGAGCUCUUGAAAAAUACACACAUACAUAAACGAUUGCAUAAACACAGCUGAAACUAGAAUUAGAAUGUGAUCAAAGGAAGUUUAUUUUCGAAGCAUCAAUAUUGACAAUAAUUUAUGCAUUGUGUAUCGAAAGACAAAAUAAGAGUAAAUGAUGUUAAUCAACAUGUAAACAGUACGGCGUUGGCUAAAGCUCUCAAAACCAACAGUUAUGUGCGUGCAAAAUGCAGUGUGGGGAAAAAGUGAACAGCAAAAACAUAUUAGACAUUAGGAAGUGUAUCUGGCAGUUGUGUGCAGAAGUCAGAUCGUUAAUAUGUUAUUCGCUAUGAUUAGGUACAUAUUUAGCAUAAUAUAAAAGUAGAAAGCGCAAAUGUAACCAGCCUUUGUAGUCAAUCUAUCCGACUUUUUUAACUUUAUAACUAAUUUCUAAGCAUUCCUUUCCAGUUGAAUCAAACGAGCUUUUGCAAUCUUUCUAGUUUUUCAAAGUAGAUACCACCGUUUGGAUUGCUAACAUUUGCUAAUAUCAGCUAUAUUAGACAGCAUUUCACAAUUUCCCUUACAUCCUUAACGACUAUUGACUCUAAUCGAUAACUGAUGCUGAAUAAAUAGUUACAACUAUUCACUAUCUUUGAAUGAGAACUUGAAACAUAUUUCCACCAACAUCUACUAGGAUAAAAAUUAUCUAUCACAAGGAUGAAAUAGAAACCAAGUACUAAGUCACACGUGGAUCAAAAGCAAAAGCAAAUAUUGAGAGUAAGCGCGUUUAUUUCAUUUUUUAAGCAUAACAUUCACUGUAGUUGGCUAGUUUUACUACAACAUUUUGGAGCAAAAUAAUAAAUAUCUAAAAAAAAAAUAAUAAUAAUAAAAAUCGGUAGCCACCAAAGACACUACUGCAUACACAAAUAUUUAUCAGAAGAAUUGAAUUAUUACUAUUGAUAUAAUUAUUAUUAUACAUACAAAAAAAUAAAACCAACAAAAACAACAGAAAAUGGUACAUAUAUAAACAACUAGCUUAGAAUAUUAAAAUAUAUAAAAAAAACUAGUCAAACCACCACUA